AUGGUGACGCAAACUAAAGAGACCGCAGUUGUAUCGUCGUCUAUCGCAUCAUCUGAUGUCGACGUGGAGAUCCCUGCGCCCGACGUGACCGCGAUUUACUGCUACGACGACCCAUAUGACCCUCCCCGAUGGCGACGGAUCGUGGGAUUUGCUUGGGACUCGUUCAAGUUGGAGCCGGAGGAGCGACGGUUUAUCCAGCGGCUGGAUUUCUUUCUGUUUUCGUACUCGCUGCUGAGUUAUGUCGUAAAGUACUUGGACCAGGGUAAUGUUUCGAAUGCAUACGUUAGUGGAAUGAAAGAAGAUCUGAAUCUUCAAGGUCAAGAGCGCAAUCUGUUUACCACGUUUUUCAACAUUGGCUAUCUGAUUGGAUCCAUCCCAUCCCAAAUCAUCAUCAACCGGACCCGCGCAUCUAUCUUCAUUCCCACCUGCGAGCUCGUCUGGAGUAUUCUUGUAAUGUGUCUGGCUGCGGUUCAGAACGCAAAGACAGUCUACGGAAUCCGCUUCGUCAUCGGUUUGGCGGAAGCUACUGUCUUCCCCGGAUUCGCAUUGAUUCUCGGUAGCUGGUACUAUCCCGACCAGAUGGGCAAACGUAUGGCUCUUUUUGAAGUCUCCAGCUCGGCGGCGGGCAUGUUUUCGGGGUACAUCCAGUCCGGAGUCUACGCGACUUUGAACGGACAUCUGGGGAUUGCCGGAUGGCGAUGGGCGUUUAUUAUCGACGGUGUGAUUUCUGUGCCGAUCGCUUGCAUGGGCUACUUUUGCAUUCCUGACUUUCCGACAACCACGAGAGCGAUCUGGCUGAGCCAGAAAGACAGGGAGUACGCGGUCGCGAGAAUGGCAAAGAUCGGUCGGAAACCGCCGCGGCCGAUUACGGCAAAGCGACUGCUGCAGUUCUUCAUGUCUCCUCGAGCAUAUGUCUUUCAAGGUCCGUAUAACGUUGCCGGGUUCGGAUCGAGCUCGGGAUACUUCAAUCUUUGGCUAAAGUCGACCGGCAAGUUCUCGGUCGAGAUGAUCAACAUCUUGCCGACUGCCGGCAACGCGAUCUCGAUCGUCGUCACGUACACGUUCUCUAUGCUCUCAGACCUAACCGGUCGCCGCGGCCCGUUCGCGUUCGCAGUCAUGAUCGUCCCGUUUUUCUGCAACAUCGUGCUCGCGGUGUGGAACAUCCCGUACAAGUUCAAGCUCGCCGUGCAGCUGCUCAACUACGCGGGCUUCGGGUACCAGCCGAUUGUGAUUGCCUGGGCGGCAGAAGCCUUCCAAGACGACGCCGAAACGCGCGGUCUCGUGGUCGGAUUCGGGAAUACAAUCAACUACGCGAUGUCGGCCUGGCUGCCGCUCGUGAUGUACCCUACCAACCUGGCGCCGCAUUAUCCGGUCGGAUACCAGAUUUCUGCGAUGUUUUACGGGCUCGCGAUGCUCACGGCAAAGAAGCGCGGAAAGGUCUAUAAUGAGCUUGGGUUGGCGAUCGAUAAGGAGGACGUGCUUAUUCCGGUUGGCGACGAGGCGGGGUAUAGGGCUGAGGUGUCUGACUCUGUUAUGGAGGAGAAGCAUCGCCAUACGACGGUGGUCAAAGAGCUGUGA